GCGACGGUCUGUGUUCCUAACGACGGCGACGCAACGUCUAAACCUUAGCCGAACAACAGAAUAAAGGCAGUUUAUUCUUGCUCAUUAAUUGCAAGAUUAUUGCAAACUUUUGACAUCGUGUAAAAUAUUAUUUAUUUUUUUCUCUCGUAAUAUAGUAGUUCACUAUUUGACUGAAAUGGACCCGACAGCAAACACUUUGAGGAUUCCUCCCGAAAUGCUACUAUACGCCGAAAAGCACGAAAUAUUUGAUUUAAUGCAGUCUAUGUUGAGAAAUCUAAUAGUGGACAAACCGGAAGAUCCCAUUCAGUACCUGAUUACUUUGCUGAAGAGAGACAGUAUUGGAGUUCCCAGGAUUAUGCUGCUGGGUCCUCCAGCUUCAGGCAAAAGAACCAUUGCCAGACAGCUGUGUGAGCGCACCAGAGCCGUGCACAUCACAGAGCCCGGUGUAUUGGAGGGGGAGACGGAGCUGGCGAGGGAGGCGAAUACGCACACGGACAGGCUGCAGGCAAUCCCUUGUGAGCUUUGGGUCAAGUUGAUUCAACUGCGCCUUUCAAAAGUGGACUGCAUUCGACGAGGCUGGGUGCUGGAGGGGAUACCCCACAGUCGACAGGAGGCCCUGCUUCUGCAGGAGUUUGGCAUUUCCCCUGACCAUGUUGUGAUGCUGGAGGCACCUGAUGAAAUCUUGAUUAGAAGGAACCUGUGCAGGAGGGUCAGCGUCUCCCCAGAAGAUGAGAACAGGGUUCUCUCAGAUGACAACACUGCCACCCGGCUAUUAAAAUACCACCAGGAAGUGUCUGCUUUGCAAAGAACAUUUCAAAACUGUCUCAAGAUUAUUAAAGCAGACCAAUCCCAUGAAGAAGUCUUCGCUCAAGCGCUGAGCUACAUCCAGCACCGGCCCCGGUCCCUGGCCCCCUACAUGCCCAGGGUCCUUCUGUUUGGACCCCCAGGCUCUGGAAAAAGACUGCAGGCUGCGCUGAUCUCUCAGAAAUACAACCUUGUCAACAUUUGCUGUGGAGAGCUUCUGAAGGCAGUUUCUGCAGACAAGACAAGUAUGGGAGAGCUCAUUAAACCUUACCUGGCAUCCGGAGAGCAAGUGCCCAACGACAUGGUUCUCCAGAUUCUGACUCAGAGGCUCGGCCGGCUGGACUGUACUGCCCGUGGGUGGCUGCUGCAUGGAUUUCCUCGAAACACUGAGCAAGCAGAGAUGCUCAAAGAAACCAACUUCAUCCCUAACAGGGUUUUCUUCUUGGAGAUGCCUGACGAUGCUGUGAAGGAGGUUGUCACCUUGAGGGCCAUUGAUCAUGUCACGGGCGAGAGGUACCACCCGCUGUUUAAGCCGGCCCCUGGCCCGGAGGUGCAGGCCCGGCUCUGUCAGAACCCCCGCGACUCUGAAGCCCACUUGCUGAAACAGCUGAGCUGCUAUUCGGCUCAAGUCCCAGCCCUGAAAGCCAUGUAUCCUGAUGCCGUGCAUGUCAACGCCGACCAGGACCCCCAUGCCAUUUUUGAGAUGCUGGAGAGUCGGCUAGUAGACCGCCUGCCAAAGUGUUACUCUGUGCGCCCAGACACACAGGAGGCUGGUUCUGGGGAGAAGGUGGGGGAGUAGCAGGCAUAGAGUGGGAGCACAGCAGAGUAGCAGGUGUACAGAAGGAGCGCAGGGGAGUAGCAGGUGUACAGAAGGAGCGCAGGGGAGUAACAGGCAUACAGGAGGAGUGCAGGGGAGUAGCAGGUAUACAGCAGGAGCGCAGGGGAGUAGCAGGUGUACAGAAGGAGUGCAGGGGAGUAGCAGGUGUACAGAAGUAGUGCAGGGGAGUGGCAGGUGUACAGAAGGAGAGCAUGGGAGUAACAGGCAUACAGAAGGAGUGCAGGGGAGUAGCAGGUACACAUAAGGAGAACAGGAGUGUAACAGGCAUACAGCAGGAGCAUAGUGACAACCUUUCCUCAAAUAAAGCUCCUCCAUAAAUGAAAGUGAUCUCUUUUUUUUAAUUUAUUUUAUUACAGGCUUUUAGAUUUACUGUAAAUGAAACAUU